AUGAGGAUUAUGCUGGGAUUCCUGUUCCUGCUACUCAUCCAAACACAAUGCUGCUUUGGUUGCGCUGUGAGUGAAGAACAGCGCCCCCAGAUGACUUAUCUGCUCAACAAGAUGGUCCAAGCAGCCACUGCUCCAGAAGCCCUUCCAAACCCCAGUGUCUUGCUGGCUCUUCAGCUGGCUCCGGACCACAGCAACAGCGCUAAGCACAUCCUACUUCAGAGGAUUGCCCAGGAUGCAGUAGACAGGGUGCAGAAUGGAAAAUCUUUCUCUUCAGGCCUUGUAGCCCUCUAUGCCUUGGCUCACCAGGCUUCUUGCUCUGAUCCCCGAAAAGUGUCUGCCAAAGGAACCACGCUUGAUCUGGUGCAGCUCUUGGAAAAGAAGUUUGAGAUGGAACUGGAGAACAUCAAGACCACUGGCAAUUCCCUGAGCAACUAUUACCAGCUCGGCUUGUGUGUUCUCACCCUCUGUCAACUUCAGGGCAGCUUCUCAGUCAGUAAGACAGCAGACCUAUUCACUCCAGACCAAAAAAAGUAUUACCUUGGUGGCCAUUUCUCUGUAGACAUAGCAUCACUAGCAGUCCUUGCUCAGAUCUGCAUACAGACCAGAGAUAAUGCUACAUUACCAGAGGCAAAUGUGAUAACAGCAAAUAUACAGUGGCUGCUGAACAUAACCCUGAAGCAGAAAAGAAGUGAUGGAGUGAUCGGGAACUUGUACAGCACUGGGGAGGCUAUGCAGGCAUUGUCUGUGGCCAGCGAGUAUCUUGCACCUGGAUCAUGGAACUGCAGCCAGACUUUGAACAAAGUCGUAAGUGAGAUACCUAAAGGCACUUUUGAUCACCCCAUGGUUGCUGCCCAACUCCUUCCCUCCUUGCAGGAUCGGACCUACCUUGAUGUGAGCACAGUCAACUGCUCUUUAGAAACAGAUGAUCUCAACCUGGCUGUUCUACCAACCAUUCUAUCCAUCACUCAGCACCAGUCCAGCAACCGUUUUAAAGUCAAGUACACGGUCACUGACAGUGUGAGCAACACCUUCACGGAUUCCACUGAAGUCUUUGUCCCAAAGGGCUCAGUCUUUCUUGGAGUUAUGGAGGCUGCUCAGGAAAAGGACCCAAAGAGAUUCAGAUUCACCUAUGCAAACAGUACCUGGGGCCCAUACAUCACCUCCGUGCGAGGCCUGGUGGCGGACAACAGCAAGCGGACGUACUGGCAGCUCUUCAGUGGGGAAACUCCCUUGAGCAAAGGUGCUGGGGAAUAUGUUGUGUCUGAUGGAGAGAACAUGGUGGUAAAAUUCACCACUUACUGACUUCUACAGU